GGUGUUUAUGCCUGAUGAUGGCGGUCUAGGUGAGUCUUUCCCAUCAUCUUCUAUGCUGACUAAUAUUUUACUGCUCCAUUAUUGAAUCCCUGAACUUCCUACAUAUAAUACAGAAUAGGAGAGAGGAUUUUCGAAGACAGGUCUUGUUGGGGUUUCUGUGAUUAUCUGAAUUUCGUUAAAUGGAAAGAUCAACACUAGCCACGAAAACCAUUGCAGCUGAUGGCUUAGACGUUGGAGACCCUUCCCCUCCUUUUGUUUCCUUUCAGCAGAAAUCAAUUUCAUCAACUGUCAGAACUUCAGAUGCAUCUUUUUCCUCUCAUCUCAAACAUCAGCAGCAGCAACUCAACAGUCAGGCUGAAGAUUCUGAAUUAAGCAUUUUUGAUGCGCAGAAAUACUUCAAUGAAAACAGUAACAGCGGGGAUUCGCGAAUGAGCAAGAGAGUUUCUCCUGUUAAUGUUAUUAACCUGGAACGCAUUUCUCAAACAUGUGAUUUCACUUCUCUUCCAAGAUUCUCUUCUGCUUCGUCUUCAGUGGACGGGUAUGGUCGGAAUUAUAGGACUCGAUCAUUCCAUGCAACGCCAACAGCUUCGUCGGAGGCAAGCUGGAAUAGCCAAACUGGUUUGCUGUCAAACCCACCAGGUGCUAUUGCUGUCUCUAUCCGUAAUCCUGCUUCUGGUCAUAAUGAUGAAAAGAAAAAACGAUUUGCAUCAAAAUGGCUUCUUGGACGAAGAUGUCCUUGCUCUGGCAAGAAAUCUGUUCAAGUUGAGGAAAAACUAUCAGAACCAAGAACUCCGUCGCGUCUAAAUCACAAGUUUAAAGAAGACCGGAAUCUCAAAAGACAGAUAACUCCUGACUCGGUUGAAAAAUGCUGUGCUGUAACAGAUCAUUGGCUUCAAAGACAGGAAGUCAUUCCUAUUUCUCAUACAAUAAUCUCAGCAGAUAACAACCGUUUUCCUUCAGGUAUAAGCCACCACCGCGUGUUAGCGUCGUCAACGAGACCAUUCACAGAUGGUACAAAUGGGUUCUCUUUCCCCAUACUCAACCAAACAACACUAUCAUCAUUAUCCCCUAUGAAACUAGCGUUAAAUGGAUUGCCAUCGCCUACUAGCUAUAAUAACCCUCCUCCUCCUACUCCUCUUCCGCUUGAGGAUCCACCUCGGGAUUCACUGGAAGUUUUCCAACCGUCUGAUGAUCCUGUUUCAACCAAGACAGGAGCAGCGGAACUUCAACGACGUCAGAGUUUCACAUUUCAGGCAAGUCCGAAGUCUCGAGUGGCUAUCACUGAUGAUGACAUAGCAAGUGAUGCGAGUUCAGACUUAUUUGAAAUAGAGAGCUUCUCUACUCAAACAACGUCGUACCCAAUGUACAAUCAUCGGAGGGAUUCAAUGGACGAGGCUUCCAUAUUCAAUGCAAGACGUUCGGGCGGCAGCAACAGUGGAUAUUGCCGGCAAAGCCUGGAUGCAUUAAUAGCACCAACAGAAUGUUAUUAUGAGCCAAGUGAAGCUAGCAUUGAUUGGAGCGUAACGACAGCAGAAGGAUUCGACAAAGCAAGUGUAACGAAUUUCUCAGAAGCAGAGGAGACGACAAUUAUGCGCCGACAUGAAUCGGAGAAGAGUAGCGGAAGUGGCGGUUGCGGGAAGAGAAGAGGAGGAGAAGGGAAUGGAGGGUUGUUGAGCUGUCGAUGUGAGAAGGCGGUUAGUGUAGGGCCACAGCCAGUGAAAUGUGCGGCGACAGAGGGACAAAGAGGAGGAAACUACACAUUGAAGCAUGUGAGUAGUAGGCCAGCCAAGGCGAAUAAGCCACCGCUUGCAAGGUCUCACUCUGCUCGCUUGUCUCUGCCUUUCGCAACAUAGCUGUGGACAAGUAUGUGGUGCCUAUUUGCUUUGGACUUCACUAUAUUCAUAUUUUUUUUGUUAGGUGUAAUAGUAUAAUUUAAUUAUUUAAAAGGCCUUCGUUAAUUGUGGAUCAAUUUCACUUAAGAUUUCAAAAUCUACCUUGUUAUACCUUUCUAUUUGUAAUUUCUCUUAAUUAACUAAGUAAUUGAUUUUUUUAGAUAGAA